GCGCCGAGCUGCAACACAUAGCUGGUCGGAGCGCAAUGGCGUUGUUGACUGUUGCGCAUGCAGGCCAGCUGCAGGAAUGACUUUGGAGGCUGGCUUUCCCCAGCAGCGGAGGGCCCGCCUAUGCGCUGCCUUCCGGGACUUCGACACCCGGCAAUCCGGGAAGAUCAACCGGACCUUCGUGGAGGCUCUCAUCCACUUGUCCGUGACGAGAGAACUGACAAACCCGGAGGAGCAGCAGUUGUCCAACCUUUUGGACAGCAUCACAGAUGCCGAUGAGAACGUGGACUAUGGGGCCUUUGUUGGCUGGCUCCACUCGCCGGGUUCGCAGCUGCCGGAGCUGGUCCUCUCGCAAGUGGGUCAGCCUCGGACGCCGCGGGGUGGCCGGCCGCUAAGUGGCCGGACGCUUGCCAAUGUGGUGCGUCACAAGGUGUCUGGGCCAGUGCAAGCGCGGGUCGGAGCAAGCCUGGAAUCGCGCAGCACAGGCCGGAGCAGCCCCAUGCAGCCGCCGCUAGCAACCGCCGCAUGGCCAAGCAUUGGAGUGGCACGAUCCAGCAGAUUGGCUUCCCCAGAGCAAGAGCGCUUCCCUGUGCCACGGCCCGGCCAGGCGAUCGGCAAAAAAGGACCGUUGGAGCGGCGCCGGAACUUUCCGGGAUCCCGGCCGCGAUCUGUGGCUGCUGUCAAGGUGAAGGCUCGGCCUGCGAGCGCAGGGCGCGGGAGAGGCUAUGGUGGCUAUGCCUUUUGCAAGGACUCGCGCUCCCUCUCACAGGCUUGCGAAACUCUGAAGUUUCAACCUGGCGAAACUCUGUCGCGGGCCAGGGAGCUUCCCCGGGCUGAGCUCGAGACCGGGCAGGAGCAGCGGAAAGCCAAGGAAGACGCGCCUCCGUUUCUGCAAGCACCGAGCGCUCGCACCGUGGCGGCGGAGCCUUUCCAAGCGCCAAACCCGCUCUACGAGCUGCAGCUGCAGCAAGAGCUUGCGCGGCAGCAGCAGUUGGAGUUGGAGCUGCGUCAGGGUGAGAGCAGUUGGCUGACCCAGCAGCAGCAGCAGCGGCAAAAUGAGGAGGAGCACCUCCGGCAGCGGCAGGCGCGCGAGGCCCGGCAGCGGCGCCUGCGCGCGGAGGAGCAGCAGCUGCAGAGGCAGAGGGAGGCGGAAGAGAUGUGUGCCCGCGCUCAGCGCGAGCACCAGCUGCGGCAGGACGCGCUGCAGCGGCGCCCUGCCGCUCCGCGCGACGUUUCGCCUUCGCCGCCCCCACCCCGCGCUGGCCGCCCCCUGGGUGGGCGGGACGACGCCUCUACCGUCCCGCAGCUGCAAAGCACUCCUCGUGGAGUCCGGUGUCAAGAUCACGUCCAGGUGGCCAACCCACAGGAGGCAGAGCCCGAGAGUGAGGAUGAGGUGGAUGAGGCCUGUCGCCAUGAAAGUAUCCCAUGCCAGGCUGCUUUCCGUCCUGUGGCCCACAGGGGCAUGGAGGAGGAGGAGCCUCGGCUGGAGCGCGUGUCGCAGGAGCGCCGGGAGCAGCAGGGAAGCGUGGUGGCCUGUCCAGUGGCACUGGUAGAAGAAAGCAGCGGAAGCACACAUGUGCAGACAAUUCAAGAGGUGAGGAGGCAAGAGCAACAAGAAGCAGAGAAGGAAAGGAGACGUGCCAGAGAAGAGCUCGAGAGGCUGCAAGCUGACCAGGGGGAGGAGGAGAAGCAGCGUGAGCUGGAAAGGCUGAAGAUAGAAGAGGAGGAGAGGCACAGAAAGCAACUCGAGGAGCCGCAGAAGCGCGAAGAGCAAGAGCGACAGCAGCAGCAGCAGCAGCAAGAGGCAGAAGAGAGCAUGCGAAUGGCCGCCGCGGAGGAGCUGCAGCGCAAGCAAGAGGAGGCAGAAGCAGAGCGGCAGAGACUGCAGGAGGAGAGGCGUGCCAGAGAAGAGCUCGAGAGGGUGCAAGCUGAGCAGGAGCAGGAGGAGAAGCAGCGUGAGCUGGAACGGCUGGAGAUAGAAGAGAAGGAAAGGCAGGGAAAAGUUCGCGAGGAGCAGCUGAAGCGAGAAGAGCAAGAACGACAGCAGCAGCUGCAGCAAGAGGCAGAAGAGAGCAUGCGACUGGCCGCCGCAGAGGAGCUGCGAAAGCGUGCAGAGGCAGAAGAGGCAGAAAGGCAGAGGCUGCAGAAGGAGGAGGAGGAGAGCCACGCCAGAGAAGAGCUCAAGAGGGUGCAAGCUGAGCAGGAGCAGGAGGAGAAGCAGCGUGAGCUGGAACGGCUGAAGAUAGAAGAGAAGGAAAGGCAGGGAAAAGUUCGCGAGGAGCAGCUGAAGCAAGAAGAGCAAGAACGACAGCAGCAGCUGCAACAAGAGGCAGAAGAGAGCAUGCGACUGGCCGCCGCAGAGGAGCUGCGAAAGCGUGCAGAGGCAGAAGAGGCAGAAAGGCAGAGGCUGCAGAAGGAGGAGGAGGAGGAGGAGGAGGAGGAGGAGGAGGAGAGCCAUACCAGAGAAGAGCUCGAGAGGCUGCAAGCUGAGAAGGAGCAGGCGGAGAAGCAGCAGGAGCUGCAAAGGCUGAAGAUGGAAGAGGAGGAGAGGCAGCAAAAACAACACGAGGAGCAGCAGAAGCGCGAAGAGCAAGAGCGACAGCAGCUGCAGCAAGAGGCAGAAGAGAGCAUGCGAAUGGCCGCCGCAGAGGAGCUGCGAAAGCGUGCAGAGGCAGAAGAGGCAGAAAGGCAGAGGCUGCAGAAGGAGGAGGAGGAGAAGAGCCACGCCAGAGAAGAGCUCAAGAGGGUGCAAGCUGAGCAGGAGCAGGAGGAGAAGCAGCGUGAGCUGGAACGGCUGAAGAUAGAAGAGAAGGAAAGGCAGGGAAAAGUUCGCGAGGAGCAGCUGAAGCGAGAAGAGCAAAAACGGCAGCAGCAGCUGCAGCAAGAGGCAGAAGAGAGCAUGCGACUGGCCACCGCAGAAGAGCUGCAGCGCAAGCAAGAAGAGGCAGAGGCAGCAGAGAGGCAGAGGCUGCAGGAGGAGGGGCGUGCCAGAGAAGAGCUCGAGAGGCUGCAAGCUGAGAAGAAGCAGGCGGAGAAGCAGCAGGAGCUGGAAAGGCUGAAGAUGGAAGAGGAGGAGGGGCAGAGCAAGGAAUACGAGGAGCAGCAGAAGCGCGAAGAGCAAGAGCGACAGCAGAGGCAGCAAGAGGUAGAAGAGAGCAUGCGAAUGGCCCACAGAAAGCAACUCGAGGAGCAGCAGAAGCGCGAAGAGCAAGAGCGACAGGAGCGGCAGCAAGAGGCAGAAGAGAGCAUGCGAAUGGCCGCCGCGGAGGAGCUGCAGCGCAAGCAAGAAGAGGCAGAAGCAGAGAGGCGGAGGCUGCAGGAGGAGAGGCGUGCCAGAGAAGAGCUCGAGAGGCUGCAAGCUGAGAAGCAGCAGGAGGAGAAGCAGAUGGAAGAGAAGGAGAGGCAUAGAAAGCAUCUCGAGGAGCAGCAGAAGCGCGAAGAGCAAGAGCGACAACAGCGGCAGCAAGAGGCAGAAGAGAGCAUGCGAAUGGCCGCCGCGGAGGAGCUGCAGCGCAAGCAAGAAGAGGCACAAGCAGAGAGGCAGAGGCUGCAGGAGGAGAGGCGUGCCAGAGAAGAGCUCGAGAGGCUGCAAGCUGAGAAAGAGCAGGCGGAGAAGCAGCAGGAGCUGCAAAGGCUGAAGAUGGAAGAGGAGGAGAGGCAGCAAAAACAACACGAGGAGCAGCAGAAGCGCGAAGAGCAAGAGCGACAGCAGCUGCAGCAAGAGGCAGAAGAGAGCAUGCGAAUGGCCGCCGCGGAGGAGCUGCAGCGCAAGCAAGAGGAGGAAGAAGCAGAGAGGCAGAGGCUGCAGGACGAGAGGCAUGCCAGAGAAGAGCUCGAGAGGCUGCAAGCUGAGAAGGAGCAGGCGGAGAAGCAGCAGGAGCUGGAAAGGCUGAAGAUGGAAGAGGAGGAGAGGCACAGAAAGCAACACGAGGAGCAGCAGAAGCGCGAAGAGCAAGAGCGACAGCAGCGGCAGCAGGAGGAAGAAGAGAGCAUGCGAAUGGCCGCCGCGGAGGAGCUGCAGCGCAAGCAAGAAGAGGCAGAAGCAGAGAGGCAGAGGCUGCAGGAGGAGAGGCGUGCCAGAGAAGAGCUCGAGAGGCUGCAAGCUGAGAAGGAGCAGGCGGAGAAGCAGCAGAAGCUGGAAAGGCUGAAGAUGGAAGAGGAGGAGAGGCAGCAGAAACAACACGAGGAGAGGCAGAAGCGUGAAGAGCAAGAGCGACAGCAGCGGCAGCAAGAGGCAGAAGAGACCAUGCGAAUGGCCGCCGCGGAGGAGCUGCAGCGCAAGCAAGAGGAGGCAGAAGCAGAGAGGCAGAGGCUGCAGGAGGAGAGGCGUGCCAGAGAAGAGCUCGAGAGGCUGCAAGCUGAGAAGGAGCAGGCGGAGAAGCAGCAGGAGCUGGAAAGGCUGAAGAUGGAAGAGGAGGAGAGGCAGCAGAAACAACACGAGGAGCAGCAGAAGCGCGAAGAGCAAGAGCGACAGCAGCGGCAGCAAGAGGCAGAAGAGAGCAUGCGAAUGGCCGCCGCGGAGGAGCUGCAGCGCAAGCAAGAGGAGGCAGAAGCAGAGAGGCAGAGGCUGCAGGAGGAGAGGCGUGCCAGAGAAGAGCUCGAGAGGCUGCAAGCUGAGAAGGAGCAGGCGGAGAAGCAGCAGGAGCUGGAAAGGCUGAAGAUGGAAGAGGAGGAGAGGCAGCAGAAACAACACGAGGAGCAGCAGAAGCGCGAAGAGCAAGAGCGACAGCAGCGGCAGCAAGAGGAAGAAGAGAGCAUGCGAAUGGCCGCCGCGGAGGAGCUGCAGCGCAAGCAAGAGAAGAGGCAGAAGCAGAGAGGCAGAGGCUGCGCAGGAGAGGCGUGCCAGAGAAGAGCUCGAGAGGCUGCAAGCUGAGAAGGAGCAGGCGGAGAAGCAGCAGGAGCUGGAAAGGCUGAAGAUGGAAGAGGAGGAGAGGCAGCAGAAACAACACGAGGAGCAGCAGAAGUGUGAAGAGCAAGAGCGACAGCAGCGGCAGCAAGAGGCAGAAGAGAGCAUGCGAAUGGCCGCCGCGGAGGAGCUGCAGCGCAAGCAAGAGGAGGCAGAAGCAGAGAGGCAGAGGCUGCAGGAGGAGAGGCGUGCCAGAGAAGAGCUCGAGAGGCUGCAAGCUGAGAAGGAGCAGGCGGAGAAGCAGCAGAGCUGGAAAGGCUGAAGAUGGAAGAGGAGGAGAGGCAGCAGAAACAACACGAGGAGAGGCAGAAGCGUGAAGAGCGAGCCAGCAGCGGCAGCAAGAGGCAGAAGAGACCAUGCGAAUGGCGCCGCGGAGCUGCAGCGCAAGCAAGAGGAGGCAGAAGCAGAGGGCAGAGGCUGCAGGAGGAGAGGCGUGACAGAGAAGAGCUCGAGAGGCUGCAAGCUGAGAAGGAGCAGGCGGAGAAGCAGCAGGAGCUGGAAAGGCUGAAGAUGGAAGAGGAGGAGAGGCAGCAGAAACAACACGAGGAGCAGCAGAAGCGCGAAGAGCAAGAGCGACAGCAGCGGCAGCAAGAGGCAGAAGAGAGCAUGCGAAUGGCCGCCGCGGAGGAGCUGCAGCGCAAGCAAGAGGAGGCAGAAGCAGAGAGGCAGAGGCUGCAGAAGGAGAGGCGUGCCAGAGAAGAGCUCGAGAGGCUGCAAGCUGAGAAGGAGCAGGCGGAGAAGCAGCAGGAGCUGGAAAGGCUGAAGAUGGAAGAGGAGGAGAGGCAGCAGAAAGAACACGAGGAGCAGCAGAAGCGCGAAGAGCAAGAGCGACAGCAGCGGCAGCAGGAGGCAGAAGAGAGCAUGCGAAUGGCCGCCGCGGAGGAGCUGCAGCGCAAGCAAGAGGAGGCAGAAGCAGAGAGGCAGAGGCUGCAGGAGGAGAGGCGUGCCAGAGAAGAGCUCGAGAGGCUGCAAUCUGAGAAGGAGCAGGCGGAGAAGCAGCAGGAGCUGGAAAGGCUGAAGAUGGAAGAGGAGGAGAGGCAGCAAAAACAACACGAGGAGCAGCAGAAGCGCGAAGAGCAAGAGCGACAACAGCGGCAGCAAGAGGCAG